UUAGCCUAAAUCUGCGCAUUGAAAGCAGCAAGAGAUUUACGCAACUCCUUUAGUGUUAUAAACUUUCCUCAAAUUGUGUUGUCAUUAUCCGGUAGAUUUUGUAUUAUUUUCGUACAUCAUGGAAGAAAUUGGAAUAACAGUUGUUGAAAAGGAAGAUGUUGUUGGAGACCAGCGUCCAACAGGUCAUAUUACAGCUCCAUCUCCUGAUGACUUUGAUAUUGAUGAUCUAUAUACAAAAUAUAAGAAGUUGCAAAGGCAGUUAGAAUUUCUUGAAGUUCAAGAGGAAUAUAUCAAAGAUGAACAGAAAAAUCUGAAAAAAGAGUAUCUCCAUGCUCAGGAAGAGGUGAAGCGUAUUCAAAGUGUACCUUUAGUUAUUGGGCAGUUUCUUGAAGCUGUUGAUCCCAAUACUGGUAUUGUAGGAUCCACAACAGGUUCUAAUUAUUAUGUUCGUAUCCUCUCCACAAUUGACAGGGAGUUAUUAAAGCCCAGUUCAAGUGUUGCUCUCCACAAACACAGCAAUGCUUUAGUUGAUGUCCUCCCUCCAGAAGCAGAUAGCAGUAUAUCGAUGUUGCGUGCAGUGAGGUGUUUGAAAACAUCAAUCAACAAGAAACACAUUUUUUUUUUAAUUGAUGCAAUUUAUGUAUGUGUGUGUGCUUGAGUAAAAGGCUGUUUU